CAGUAGGACCACAAGCAACCACCCUCCUGGAUAUAAACGGCACAAUGAUGUUUAAUGAAGAUUACCAAUCAUUGGUUCGGGGUCUUUCUGAAGUAGAUUUCACAGGAACUUCCAUACCUUGCAAACUGAUCCUUAUUGGAGACUCUGCAUUUCCUGUGCUGGUGUCCCCUGCAGGAGAUGUACUCAUUGCCGCAUCUCACUAUGGGAAGGGUCGAGUGGUAGUUAUGGCCCAUGAGAGUUACCUGAACAGCCCAAGCCUCUUGGGCUUCAUGCAGAAUGCAGUGUCAUGGCUGAAAGCAUCUGCAGAAGCUGUUAUUGGAGUACACAGCAGUCUGGACCUUCUUACAAAAACACUCCAAGACUCUGGUUGCACAGUUAAUAAAAUCUCUGGACUUACCCAAGGUCUGGGUGUUAUGUGCAUUGAUGGCUAUGACGACAGCCAGGCUAAAGACAUCAUCUCCUUUCUGUAUGAAGGUGGUGGUCUAUUAAUUGCAGCCCAGGCAUGGUACUGGUCUUACAGCCAUAAAAAUGAGAAUGUUCUGCUAGAUUUUCCUGGAAACAAAAUAAUAUCGGUUUCUGGCAUUUACUUUCAUGACACAUAUGGUGAAAGAGGGACAUUUACCGUGAGUCCAGACAUCCCUCACAUCCCAAUGUUCUCUGAUAUCAGCUUCUUGUUGGAUCUGAAUAUUCUUCUAAAAGACGUAGCCCUUCUAGACAUCAGUGGGUCAAGUACCCCUUCACAACUUCUUCUUCAUGGCCCUCUAACAUUUCCAGUUGGACUGAAUGAUGAAAAGAAAUGCUUCCUUGCUGCUGCAAUCUAUGGACGAGGACGAAUUGUUGUGGGAGCACAUGAAACCCUGUUCACUAAACCAGAGCUCAAAACAGUUAUACUAAAUUCUAUAUUAUGGCUUGGCUCAGGCAGAAAACAAAAAAUUGGUGUUAAUAAAGCAGUGGAAGGCUUCACUGAAUUGUUGAUGCAAGAAGGCUUUGAUUCUAGCACAUCAAGCCUAGAACCUGGGCUCAGUGUGUACUGCUGUGAUUCCUAUAGUGACAGUGAGGCAGAAAGUAUCAAGCGGUUUGUGGCUGAAGGAGGUGGACUGCUUAUUGCUGGACAAUCAUGGUACUGGUCCUAUAAGAAUCCAGAAAAACAUGUGGUUUGCCAAUACCCAGGAAAUAAAAUCCUGAACACGUUUGGGAUUAGCAUACUUGGUAAAUCAAUAACUAAGGGUGCGUAUAAGCCUGCAGACCCUGCAGCAGUGACAAACUAUUAUCAUUUUCCAAGAGCAUUCUCAGAGCUUUUGAAGAACCUACAAGAUGGAGUGGAGAUUCAACCUCCUCUCAGUUCCUGGCUGACCAAUAUAAGAGAAGAUGUCUCCAAUUUUAUGAGGCUGCCAGCCUCCCCACUUACUUAUUCAAUACAGCAAGAAUGUGUGUGCUUAGUGAAGAGAUGUGGGAUUCCUAAUGUCAGCCAGGAUUGCCCAGUGAAAAACAACUCUAAAGAUGCUUUAAUCCUUAGUCUUGCACAUGAUGUCUGCUGUUUUAACCAAAACAGCCAGAGUAUUAAUAACUUUCCUUUUAAAGAAAAGCCUUCAGUGACUGUGGAGAUUGAUGGAACAAAUCCAGGUGAAGAUGCAUGGAGAAGCACUGGGCUUUACCUGCCUCCUGGAAAAACAGCAGCACUUGUUUUUCCAGAGUCUGUCGUUGGGAAACAUCUGCAGGUUCAAGUUGGCUGUCAGUCAGAUGACCUAUCAUCUGUAGAGUCAUUGUGUCGAGCCCCAGUUGUUGUAAACCAAACCUCUGUUCAUGGUGAGAAGGUGUUAAUAUCCUAUGUUUGGGGUGGACUCAUUUACAUCAUUGUGCCGAAAAACAGCCACUUAGGAACCAUCUCAGUUAUGAUUUAUGGGGCAGAACCAGCGCCAAUCUACAUAAAAGGGAAGACCAGUGUCUCAUCCUGGGUGGAAAACCUCCGUACUCUUCCAGCUCCAUGGGCAGAGCUAGUUACAGAGAACAUCAUACUGACUGUGCCCUCAAGUGCAAUUCGCUCCCUCGAUGACCCAGAAGAGUUACUGACUCUGUGGGACACAUUCAUGGAGGCAGUUGCCGAGCUAGCAGCAAUUCCAAAGAAAUUUCUAAGGCCAGAGAGGAUCGUUACAGAUGUACAAAUUUCAGCUGGUUGGAUGCAUGCUGGAUACCCAAUUAUGUGCCACUUUGCAUCAACACCAGAUCUGGUAGACAUUCAGCAUAUAAAGAAAAUUGGUUUUUGGGGACCCAUACAUGAGCUUGGUCACAAUCAACAGAAAUGGUAUUGGGAGUUCCCCUCACAUACCACAGAGGCCACUUGCAACUUAUGGAGUGUGUAUGUUCAUGAAAACGUUUUGAAAAUUCCACGUAACAUAGCUCAUGGAUCAUUACAGCCAGAAACCAGGAAGAGUGCAAUCGAAACAUAUUUAAAAAGUGAAGCCAAACUAGAGAAUUGGAGUGUAUGGACAGCAUUGGAGACUUAUUUACAGCUGCAAGAAGGCUUUGGCUGGGAACCUUUCAAACGUUUAUUUGCGGAGUACCAGACUAUGUCAGGUAUUAGUAACAAUAACAAGGACAAGAUGAAUCUGUGGGCGGUGAAGUUCUCCGAAGCUGUAAAUAGAAACUUAGUUCCAUUCUUCAAGGCAUGGGGAUGGCCUAUUGAUGACAACACCAACACCGCAUUAUCUGGCUUACCUGAAUGGGAGGAGAAUCCAAUGAUAGCACAUCUCAAAGAGAUUAAAGCAUAAUCAGAUAAACAUACCUAUACUGUGUUAGCAUAAACUGAAUCUUUGUAGUUCUCUGAAUUCCUGUUGAAACGACUUUGUACAGUAAUGCUAGUACUUAGUGUUCUAAAACCUAUAAUUAAACAAGUCAUUAGAGUAUGACAUCAUAUCCUGCACUUUUAGAGCUUUUAAAAAUAUAUAUUUUCUUUAAUUGUUACCGACAAGCCACUAAUCAUUAAAAUGACUAUUGCUUAUGUUAGUGACUAGCCACAGUUUUGAAAGUAGAACAUCUUACCAAUUGCUACUGGUAUUUCCUGACUGAUAAAAGCUCUCAAAGAAAAGUGUAAUUGUUGUAAUUUCAACAUGACACAUUUUGCAAAGUUUUACCUUUAAAAACUUAAUUCACUCCUUGCAAUAUUUUUUGUUUGACUUCUAAAAUAUAAUUA